GGCCCACAUAAUGGGCGGAUCGACAGUGAGAAUCACAAGGAAUACCAAAGGAUGAGCGACCAAGGCCGACCUGAUCAAAAACUUCGUGAAUUCGAGAGGGACCAAGCCCGACUUUAUCAUGAGCUCUCUCAGUUAGAACUCGAGUUGGACUCGCUUACAAGACAGCAAAAUGGUAAACAUUUAUCUAGGCAUACAGGAGUAGAUUCAUUAUCACGAAACUUCCUCCUAAUUGUGAAAGGAAUUCGACAGAAGACUCAACUCUUUUAAUUUUUACCAAAAUGAUAUGAGAGGAUUUCCAAUGCAAAACAGGUCUUUAGUUUAACUACCCGCCUGAAGCGAGGUCCAAAUCAUAUUUCAAUCCUGACGAUAGACUAUCUUGGUUUCUAGAUCAUAUUCAGCCAGCACAUUCGGCUUCACAGGAUGAUCUCAAAGAAGAAGAACAACAACAAGACGAAGAGGAAUUAGGAGACCCCGAAAUGGAAAAAGGAGUAGACGAGGACUCACGUAUGGAAGAAGUAGCAGACUACACUGGAUUGAAAGAAGCAGAAGAUGAAGGAGCAGUAAAAGGAUCUGGCGAAGAAGAGGAAAAGGAAAAGAGUGAGUCCAGUUUGAGUUUAGUUUCAAUUUCAGUUUUGAUUUGAACAGCUAAAAUUGUAUUUAAGCUUUUUGUCAUCGUAUUGAGCAAGAUGAUGUCGUCCAUCAGGAGGAUUGACUUCAUUAAAAGUUAAAAAGCUUUUUACUGAGACAGCACUCUUUUCUCUUUUCAUGCCGAUCAAAACUUUUUCAGUAGUAAUUAUGAAAGAUAUAGGAAAGCACUUUAAUGAUAAGCCGGUGGGAAAAUGGUCAAAGAGAGCGAAAAUGCAAGGCUUCAUGAGCACUUCCCAUUUCCUCUUCCGCAAUAGUUUUUUUACACUCAACCCUUUAAAAUUAAAAGGGGGGGCAAGUAAUAGAGAAAAAAAGCUUUCAAUCAAGCCAUAAAAAUGUGUUUAGCUACUCAGCUGUAAUGACACUAUUAUUAGGGCAACAAGAAAAGGGAGAAGAAGAAGAUGAGGUAUCAGCUGAGGAAGAAGACGAAGCAUCAAUUGAGGAAGAAGACGAAGCGUCAAUUGAGGAAGAAGACGAAGCGUCAGCUGAGGAAGAAGACGAAGCGUCAAUUGAGGAAGAAGACGAAGCGUCAAUUGAGGAAGAAGACGAAGCGUCAGCUGAGGAAGAAGACGAAGCGUCAAUUGAGGAAGAAGACGAAGCGUCAGCUGAGGAAGAAGACGAAGCGUCAAUUGAGGAAGAAGACGAAGCGUCAACUGAGGAAGAAGACGAAGCAUCAGCUGAAUAA